AUGGACGCAAAGACAAGCGACGUCCAAGAGGUUGAGAUGCCCAUGUCGGCCGACGACGAUGCCGCCCGCCGCCACGACAAGCGCAGCCAGCGGCUGGAGCAGGAGCUCACCGUGGCAACUAUAUGCACGAGGCAUAAACUCGUCGUCUGGUGGUGUUUCUACUGGGCCAUGGCCGCCGUGGGCUGGGGGUUUGACGCCCAAAUCAACGGUGCCAUGAUCUCUGUGCCGUCCUUCCGGCGCGACUUUGGAUAUACCGUCGGCGGAGAGGCCAUUCUCCCAGCGGACUGGCAAUCGGCAUUCAACAUCAUCAGCACCGUCGGCCAGUUCUUCGGCGGCUUCAUAUGCAGCUGGCUAGCCGACCGCAUCGGCCGCAAGAGCGCGCUGCUCAUCGGCGUCGCCGUCUGCAGCGCCGGCUGCGUCGGCGAAAUCGUCUCCUCCACCCGCCCGGCCUUUCUCGGAUCCAAGCUCGUGCUCGGCGUCGGCCUGGGCUUCUAUCUCACCCUGGCGCCCAUGAUGUGCAGCGAGCUUGCGCCCGUCGCGCUGCGCGGCAUCGCCACGGCCGGCGUCAACCUCGGCAUCGCCGUCGGCCAGCUCAUUUCCAACUCGGUGGUCAAGGCGUUUGGGGAGCGGGACGACCGGUGGGCGUACCGCGGGCCCUUUGCCACGCAGAUCUUCUUCGUCGUCUUCCUGCUCGCGCUUCUGCCGCUGUCUCCCGAGAGUCCGUGGCAUCUGGUGCGCCGGGACAAGAGGGACGAGGCCAUGCGUGUCGUUGCCAGGCUGUACGGGGGAAACGACGCCGUCGGCAGGCUGGAGGAAAUCGACCAGACGAUCCGGCAUGAGAAGCUCCAGGGCGGCUCCGAGUUGGGCUUGGUCGACUGCUUCAGGGGGACAAACAGAGUCCGCACGGGCAUCUCCACGGGCGUCUUCUUGUGCCAGCACCUGGUGGGCAUCAUCUUCGUGCUCGGCUACUCGACCUACUUCUUUCAGCUGGCCGGCCUCGACGUCUCCCGCUCGUUCGAUCUGGGGGUCGGCGUCACGGCCUGCGGUGUCCUGGGCAAUAUUGUCAGCUGGUUCGUCGUGGAGCGAUAUGGCCGCCGGAAACUUUUUCUGUUUGGCAUGGUGGCCCUCUCCGCGCUCCUGCUGCUCAUUGGCAUCAUGGACGUCAUUCCGAGCCAGGCUGCCAAGUGGGUGCAGGCCGCCAGCACUGUGAUUUACGCCUUUAUUUAUUUCCUCACCAUUGGCGCGGUGGCCUUUACUAUUCUCGGCGAGGCGUCCAGUACGGUGCUGCGCGCAAAGACGAUUUCUCUUGCGACCGCCACGCAGGCUAUAUGCGGAUUGGCCAUGAACUUUGCCGUCCCGUACAUGGUGAACCCGGACAAGGGUAAUUUAAAGGGAAAGGUUGGGUUUAUAUUCGGCGCAUUGGCCAUUAUUGGUGCCAUUGGAAGCUGGGUGUAUGUGCCGGAACUCAAAGGGAAGACGUUUGGUGAGAUUGAUCAGCUCUUUGCUGAGAGGGUGCCGCCCCGGAAGAUGGGCAAGGCUUGA